CCCGCUUGAGCUGUCCGUUGAUUGGAUUGAGAUAAUUUCCGUUGGACUUUCAGGGAAAAUCUUCGAGGCAAAAGCGAAGCUAUGGCGGCGGCUGUCCGAGGCACGCAGCGGCUGAUGGGGCUGGCGGUGCGCGCCUCCCUUCUCCUGCCGGGGCGGACUUCUCUGCGGCUUUGCACAAUGACACAGGAGAAAAGCACAGGACCAAACUUGGAAGAAGAGCCAAAUCACAGCCCCAGUGAACAAAAACCUGACUCUGCUGCAAAGAUAUUAAAAGAGGAAAAGACCAAACUGGAAGAGCAAUUAAAAGAAAUGACCGAAAAAUAUAAACGUGCCCUGGCAGAUGCAGAAAAUCUACGGCAAAGGACUCAGAAAUUGGUAGAAGAAGCAAAGUUAUAUGGAAUUCAAAGUUUCUGCAAGGACUUAUUAGAAGUUGCCGAUGUUCUGGAAAAAGCAACUGAGAGUGUUCCCAAAGAGGAACUAAAGGAUGAAAAUCCUCAUCUGAAAAACCUCUAUGAAGGUCUUGCCAUGACAGAAGUUCAGAUUCAAAAAGUGUUCAGAAAACAUGGCUUGAUUAAACUAAAUCCUCUUGGAGCCAAGUUUGAUCCCUAUGAACACGAAGCAUUGUUUCAUGUUCCCAUGGAUGGAAAAGAACCUGGCACUGUUGCUUUAGUUUCUAAGGUUGGUUAUAAGUUGCAUGGCCGUACAUUGAGGCCUGCCUUGGUAGGUGUUGUAAAAGAACCUUAGCAGUAUAAUCCAAAAUAAUUAAUGUGCCACACAACUGUUAGAUAACUGGAUAAGGAUCGACUAAACUUAAUGAUGGUUUAGAGAUAUGGGAGCUUAAACUAAACAGUCCGUGGGGCAGCAAUGCUAAUGAAGCAACACUGAAAACAUGUUUUCAAAAUGAACAGAUAAUGUGAGGGCCGACAAAGUGAGUAGUAUGAAUUAUAAGUAUGAGUCAUCUGUAUAUAAUAGUACAAUUAUUUAAAGGGUUUUCUGCAUUGUAAUUAAGCAAUAAUGCAGUGUUGACUGAUUAGAAUGAAAGCCUUUUAACUUCCUGUGUCAUGUAUUAUCUCUCUGCAGUAACGUCAUCAAAUUUGUAUUUUUUUAUUUUUUUGUUCAUUCCUUUGUGAACAUAGAACACCCAUCUAACCUCUA